CGAGUGGAAGUUUCUUGGAAAGUAUCGCGAAGGUUCUCUGAGGGCUUGUUCUGCCGUAAGUCUUGCACAUUUUCUCCAUAUUUUCACCUGUUUCGCUGUGGUAUUUGGGGUGCACAAUGACAACGUAUACUGAAGAUUAUCUAAAGCAAAAACUUACUGAAAAAUUAGAAGCGAUUCACGUGGAAGUCGUGGACGAAUCUGACGGAUGUGGGGGAAAGUUCAGCGCGAUUGUAGUUUCUCCAUUGUUUGAAGGGAAAUCCCAUCUUCAAAGGCAUCGAUUGGUGAACAGCGCUCUGGCGGAGGAGCUCAAGACAAUUCAUGCUUUCUCCCAGAAGACUUACACGCCAGCACAGUGGACUGAAGCUAAGCAGUAGUGUGUGAAUAAAGGCCCAGCGGUUCCCAAA